GUUCGUGGAAAGGAUUCUGCAGUAAUUGUAACACAGAAGAAAGACAAGUUACUGGAUUCCAACACAGUGACUCAUUUAUUCAGAAUUACUGAAAAUAUUGGCUGUGUGAUGACAGGAAUGACAGCUGACAGCAGAUCCCAGGUGCAGAGAGCCCGCUAUGAGGCUGCUAACUGGAAGUACAAGUAUGGCUACGACAUCCCUGUGGAUAUGCUGUGUAAAAGGAUUGCAGAUAUUUCUCAGGUCUAUACACAGAAUGCUGAAAUGAGGCCUCUUGGUUGCUGUAUGAUUUUGAUUGGUAUUGAUGAAGAACACGGCCCUCAGGUAUACAAGUGUGAUCCAGCAGGUUACUACUGUGGGUUCAAGGCCACAGCUGCAGGAGUUAAACAGACAGAGUCAACCAGUUUUCUUGAAAAGAAAGUAAAGAAGAAAUUUGAUUGGACUUAUGAACAAACAGUAGAGACAGCAAUAACAUGCCUGUCUACUGUACUAUCCAUUGAUUUCAAACCUUCAGAAAUAGAAGUUGGUGUAGUUACAGUGGAAAAUCCUAAAUUCAGGAUCCUUACAGAAGCAGAGAUUGAUGUCCACCUUGUAGCUCUGGCAGAGAGAGACUAAUGAGCAUUCCCAUUUCCAUUGUCUAUGCUUCUGGACAGGAUAUUUGGUGAAAAAAAAACUUAUUAAUGGCUUUAGAUCAUUGGUGGAAAACAAUAUUCACUAUAUGAUGUAUUUUACUCUGUACAAAUAAAACAGAGGUUUUUGAAA